UCAAUAAACCCAACAAACAAAAGUUCUUGACCGACAUUGUCUUAACGAGGAAGAUAAUAGAACCCCCAAAGCAACCACGAGAAGGGGGAAAAAAAAAAGUGAAAAAGAGAAAAAGAAAAAUAGAUACAGAGCGCGGCAGACUAAAGGGUGAGAAUUGUUCUUCUGCUUGAAGUCUCUUUCUCAUAUUUCAGUCCCCAUGUAUCGUUCCCUUUUCAAAAACUUGAUCACGGAAGAGUUAGGAAAGAUGGGUCUUGGCAGGAAUGUGUGGUGUCUCAUGUUAGUGGUGGGUUUGCUGGUGACCUGCACUAGAGGAGAAGACCCUUACAGGUUCUAUACAUGGAAUGUCACUUACGGUGAUAUCUACCCACUUGGCGUUAAACAAACGGGGAUAUUGAUAAAUGGUCAAUUUCCAGGGCCACAGAUUGAGUCAGUGACAAAUGAUAACCUGAUCAUCAAUGUUUUUAAUAGCUUGGACGAACCUUUUCUCCUCUCUUGGAAUGGAGUGCAGCAGAGAAGGAACUCAUGGCAGGAUGGAGUCUAUGGCACAAACUGUCCCAUCCCACUGGGGCAGAACUUCACUUAUGUGCUUCAAGUCAAAGAUCAGAUUGGUAGCUAUUUCUACUUCCCUUCCCUUGGCAUGCACAAAGCUGCAGGGGGUUUUGGUGGUUUCAAAAUUGCAAGCCGUUCUGUAAUUCCUGUACCAUUUGCUCCUCCGGCUGGAGAAUUCACCAUUCUUGCUGGUGACUGGUUUACCAAAAAUCACACUGAUUUGAAAGCCAUUCUGGACAGUGGAACUGAUCUCCCCUUCCCUGAUGGGCUUCUUAUCAAUGGUCGUGGAUCAAAUGGAUACACAUUCACAGUUGAUCAAGGCAAGACUUAUCGGUUCCGGAUUUCAAAUGUGGGGCUUACCACCUCCAUCAAUUUCAGAAUACAGGGUCAUAAGUUGGUUUUGGUAGAGGUGGAAGGAAUCCACACUCUCCAGAACUCUUAUGAUUCACUUGACCUCCAUCUAGGACAGUCCCUCUCUGUAUUGGUUACUGCUGAUCAGCCACCACAAAAUUACUAUAUUGUUGUCUCAACACGUUUCACCUCUCAAGUUCUCAAUGCGACCUCCUUUUUUCGCUAUAGCAAUUCAGCGGGAACUGUUUCUGGCCCUCCUCCUGUUGGGCUAACAACUCAAAUUGAUUUAUCUCUUGAACAAGCUCGAUCCCUAAGACGAAAUCUGACUGCUAGUGGUCCAAGACCAAAUCCGCAAGGUUCUUAUCAUUAUGGAAUGAUCAACACAACUCGAACAAUUCGACUUCAGAAUUCUGCUCCGGUUAUUAAUGGCAAGCAGCGAUAUGCUGUCAAUAGUGUAUCCUUCAUACCAGCUGACACUCCUCUUAAGCUUGCCGACUAUUUCAAGAUAUCUGGUGUCUUUAAUCCUAAUAGUAUCCCAUACAGCCCCACCGGUGCUGGUGCUUACCUCCAAACUUCUGUCAUGGCAGCCGACUUUAGAGGUUAUGUUGAAAUUGUUUUUGAAAACUAUGAGGAUACGGUGGAAUCCUGGCACAUUGAUGGUCACAACCUCUUUGUUGUGGGGAUGGAUGGAGGCCAGUGGUCACCUGCUAGUAGAUUGAGUUACAACUUAAGAGAUACAAUUUCCCGUUGCACGGUUCAGGUGUAUCCGAGUUCAUGGACUGCAGUUUAUAUGCCUCUGGACAAUGUAGGAAUGUGGAAUGUAAGGUCUGAGAACUGGGCGCGUCAGUACUUGGGACAACAAUUCUAUCUCCGUGUUUAUUCACCUGCAAAUUCAUGGAGGGAUGAAUAUCCCAUCCCAAGCAAUGCUAUUCUAUGUGGUCGAGCAGUCGGGCACCGAGCUUGACCUCUUCAAAGUGAGCAUGGUUAGGACUUAGGAGGGGUGUCACGAGUGGGUGACAGGGUCCUCAAAUUUACGCCAAGUAGAUCUUUGUGAGUGGGAUUAUGCAACGCUUGAAUGGAGCGAUUGCCGCCUCCCUUUGAUUUUCUAUUGUACCUCUUGUUUUCUUUCUCAUUAAUGAAUUGUUUACCGUAGGAAACACUGGAUUUGGUAGUAAAACUCUUACUCUUUCCACACAA